AGACGGCGCCCCAGGCCUCCCGGGCGCCAGAUUAGAGCGCCCCCCCAAACCUGGGGCGCAGCGGGGUGGGAGGGCCGAGGUCACCCGGGGAAGAUCCCUAGGCGGGGGACCCCGAGAGGCCCUGGUCUGCUCCGCGGGCACCCCCUCGUGCCGGCCCGAGUUGGCCCACGUCCCCCUCGGGCUUUGUCUCCCCGGGACGUGGCGUGCCCAAGGUCGAGCAGAGGGCCUGCAUGCGCUGCCAGCUCUCCUUCGGCCCGCGCACGCGUUCCAGCCCCCACCCCAUACCAGAGACUGGGGGGGCGCGGGUCAGGAGCGCGUGCCGCCCCUGCUGCCCCAAGCCCUCCCUCUCUUCGGCACAAGAAGGCAGAUUCUGCCAUGUAGGGUCCUAGUCCUGGGCCGGGCCUGGGCUGGGCUGGGCAUGGGCAGGACACAGCCCACCGGACCCCUGCCCCAGGGAGCUCGGGGUCCACAGAGGCGAUCAGGGGAGACUGUGGAUGUGGGGGACCCAGCUCGGCCCACCGGUCUCCCCGCAGCCUCCGGGGUACACAGCAGGCCCUGCGGAGUUAACCUGGGCACCCCAGGGUUCCCCCUGACCCGGAGGGCUGCUUCCUCCCUGCUGGCAGCCAGGGGCCCUGCGCCUGGGGAGGGUGCUGGGCAGAGGGGCAGGAGCAGGGACCGGACUGCCUGGAGGCCGCCUCCGUGCAAUGCGCAGAGCACUGCACUGCUGGCCUGGUUUGGCCAUAUGGCUGGGACCAACAGCAAGGGUCUGGAGCCUGGAGUUCAAAUCCGGGGUCCUCCCCUUCCCGCCCGUGUGAACUUGGAAACUCAGUUCCCCUCCGAGCUUCCUCUUCUGCCUUCCCACAGCAUCUCAGUCAGCGUGACCUCCGAGGGUUUUCUGCAAACCAGGACUGUACUUCGUCCCCAGCCCCAGGAGGGUCCUGCGGUCUCCCCGCUCCCCGCCGCCCUCCACGCCGUCUCCACCACCAAGGAGGGGUCGGGCCAGGCCUUGAGCCAAGUCGGCUUCUCCUUCAUCCCCCGCUGAAAGCCGCCUUUGAACGCUGCCCGCCCGGGCCAGCCCAGCCCCUCUUGCUCUGGCUUCCUGCCUGCACUGGCAGGGCCACCCACCGGCCGGGUGCACAGCCCUGGGCCCCGCCCCACGCUCAGCCCGGAGGAGGAAAUUUCAUGUUGCUCGACUGAUUAUUUGAUCCCCGACUGACUCACCCGCGGCUGUGGCUUGGAUGCGGUGUGAGCGUCCCUUGGGCUUCCCCUGUGUUGAAAUCGAAGCCCCAUUAGGAGGCCCUGGGAGGUGGACAUUUCAUCCACUCUGGGGUUCACGCUGGGGCCUUUGGGUGGUGGUCAGGGUUAGAGAAGCUCGUCAGGGUGGAGCUCCUGUGACUGAGCCCUGGCUUUACAAGAAGAGGAACGCGGGCCAAGGUGGCACACGCCUGUAAUCCCAACACUCUGGGAGG